UUGCCAGAAGGAGCCGCUCCGGCACCCUCUCCUCCCCGGCAAUAAUCCCAAUAAUAAGUAAAUAUACAUUUACAGAAACCAAAACCCCAAUCCAAUCAUCAUUUUCAGUGCAGUGCAGAUAUGGCGGGGGCUAGCGGCAGGGCGAUAAUCUCCACGGCGGCGCUGGUGAUAUUCCUGGCGGCGGGUUGCCUCGCGGAGGAUCCGUACAAGUUCUUCGAGUGGCACGUGACCUACGGCGAGGUUGCGCCGCUCGGAGUCCCCCGGCAGGGGAUCCUCAUCAACGGCCAAUUUCCAGGCCCGAAGAUCAACUGCACCUCCAACAAUAACAUUAUCGUCAAUGUCUUCAACCACCUGGAAGAGCCCCUGAUCUUCACCUGGGCCGGAAUUCAGCACCGGAAAAACUCCUGGCAGGACGGCACGCCGGGGACGAUGUGCCCCAUUCUCCCCGGCACCAAUUACACUUACCAUUUCCAGCCUAAGGACCAAAUCGGAACUUACUUCUACUUUCCGACCGUCGGCCUCCAGCGGGCCUCCGGCGGGGUGGGGAUGCUCCAGGUCCUCAGCCGGGAUUUAAUUCCGGUCCCGUUCGACACUCCGGCCGACGACUACUCAAUCAUCCUCGGCGAUUGGUAUAACAAAGACCACAAGACGCUGCAGAGGAUUCUCGACGCCGGCCGCUCCAUCGGCCGGCCGGACGGCGUCCAUAUCAACGGGAAGUCGUUUAAGGUCGGGGACACCGCCGCCGUGGCGUCACCGGAUUUCAGUAUGGAGGCCGGGAAAACUUACCGGUACCGCGUCUGCAACGCCGGGCUCCGGCUUUCGAUCAAUUUCCGAUUCCAGGGGCACACGAUGAAGCUCGUUGAGAUGGAGGGAUCACACACGGUGCAGAACAUCUACGACUCCCUCGACCUCCACGUCGGCCAGUGCGCCUCCGUGCUGGUGGCGGCAGACAAGGCGGUGAAGGAUUACUACUUUGUCGCCUCCACCAGGUUCUUCAAAGACGCCAUGACAGCUGUCGCUGUCGUCCGUUACGCCGGAAGCAACAUUCCGGCGAGCCCUGAGCUGCCGCUGCCCCCACCGGAGAACACCGAGGGGAUCACAUGGUCGAUCAACCAAUUCCGGUCAUUCCGGUGGAAUCUCACCGCCAGUGCCGCCCGGCCGAAUCCACAGGGGAGCUACAAGUACGGGAAGAUCAACAUCACCCGGACUAUCAAAAUCGAGAACAACCGGUACGACUCGGACGGGAAGCUCCGAUUCGGGAUCAACGGCGUAUCCCACGUCGACAGCGAGACGCCAUUGAAGCUCGCUGAGUACUUCGGCGUCGCCGACAAGGUGUUCGUCUACGACCUGGUGAAGGACAACGAUCCCUCCGCCACCAAGGUCGCGGCGGCGAUCGCGCCGAGCGUGAUGAACGCAAGCUUCAAGGGGUUCGUCGAGUUCAUCUUCGAGAACCAUGAGAAGACGAUCCAGACGUGGCAUCUCGACGGGUACUCGUUCUUCGCGGUGGCGAUCGAGGCCGGCGUGUGGAGUCCGGAGAAAAGGAAGAACUACAACUUGUUGGAUGCCGUUAGCCGGAACACGAUCCAGGUGUACCCGAACACGUGGGCGGCGGCAGUGACGACGCUCGACAACGCCGGAAUGUGGAACCUGAGGUCGGAGAUGAGGGAGAGGGCGUACCUGGGGCAGCAGAUGUACGUCAGCGUUUUGUCGCCGGAGAAGUCGCUGAGGGACGAGUACAACAUUCCGGCGACGCAGCAGCUCUGCGGCAUUGUCAAGGAUCUGCCGAAGCCUGCGCCAUAUGUGUAAUCAAAUAAUUUCUGAAACUCUUGUUGCUUACACUGUCUGCAUUGUAUUGUAUCACACACGUUGGAUGGAGGUUUUGGUUUCAAUAUAUAUUGAAUUGCCGUUUGAUGG